CGAAUUGGACUGGUCUUCAAAGUAAAAGGCAAUGGCAUUUUAUCCCUUGCAAAUUGCUGGGCUGGUUCUUGGGUUCCUUGGCAUGGUGGGGACUCUUGCCACAACGCUUCUGCCUCAGUGGAGAGUAUCGGCUUUUGUCGGCAGCAACAUUAUUGUCUUUGAGAGGCUCUGGGAAGGGCUCUGGAUGAACUGCAUCCGACAAGCCAGGGCCCGGUUGCAAUGCAAGUUCUAUAGUUCAUUGUUGGCUCUUCCGCCUGUCCUGGAAACAGCCCGGGCACUCAUGUGUGUGGCUGUUGCUCUCUCCUUGAUCGCCCUACUUCUUGGCAUCUGUGGCAUGAAGCAGGUCCAGUGCACGGGCUCUAAUGAGAGGGCCAAAGCAUACCUUCUGGGAACUUCAGGAGUCCUCUUCAUCCUGACGGGCAUCUUCGUUCUGAUUCCGGUGAGCUGGACAGCCAAUAUAAUCAUCAGAGAUUUCUACAACCCAGCUGUCCACAUAGGCCAGAAACGAGAGCUGGGAGCAGCACUUUUCCUUGGCUGGGCAAGCGCUGCUGUCCUCUUCAUUGGAGGCGGUCUGCUUUGUGGAUUUUGCUGCUGCAACAGAAAGAAGCAAAGGUACAGGUAUCCAGUGCCUGGCCACUGUGUGCCACACACAGAUAAGCGAAGAAACAUGAAAAUGCCUAGUAAUACCUCCACCAGUUAUGUCUAAUGCCUGCUUUUGGC